AUGUUUUUGAUGAAAUAUAGAUUACUAUUUUUUGAGCUAAUAAUUUUUUUUUUCAUAUUUCAGAAAAAUUUUAAUUGUAAACAUUUUCCUCUGAAAAUACCAUUUUUUAAAAAGUUCUUUAAAGAAUCAAAAGUGCCUUUAGGAAAUGUGGUGGUUCAAAAAUAUUCAUAUGGUGGCUUUUUACAUUUACAUAAAGAGUUGUCAAAAAGACAAAUUGAUAUUAUACAAGAAAUAAAAAUAUAUAAUAAUUUAUCAGAUAUUUUAUAUAAAAAUAGGAAUAUUAGUAAAUAUAAUGAUAGUUUUUAUGAUAAGUUUUAUGAUGAAUGCUCUCCUUUCAUAGAAAAAUUAUACACAGAGACUUUUCUAGAUAUUGAUAAGUCACUAACACUAUUAAAUGAGUUACUAAUAAAGGAAGUAAAAUAUAUGUUAUUUACAAAUAAUAAUAUUAUUUCAGAAUAUAGUAGGGAAAAUGAAGAAAAUUUUAGAAAAAAUCUAGUAGAUAAGUUGUAUGAAGAAUUUUUACAUAAAGAAAAAUUAGAGGAAAAAGAGAAAGCAUUACUUUAUUUCAAUAAAAUUAAUAUGGCUUAUAAACUAAGAAAAAUUCUAGACUUAAACUCUAUUGAUGAACCUGAAGCUCAUGAUAUUAUUCUUAGUUUAAUACAAAUUGAUACAUCUAAAAUAUAUAUAGAUCAAAAAUCUAUUUUUAAGAAUUUUUAUAAAAUUUUAAAUUCACAGAAACCUUAUUUGUUAUUAAAAGAAUAUUUUAGAGGUGAUGAGGAAGUUCUUAAUGAAUCAUUUUUGAGAACCUAUUGGAUAUGCCUAAAAAAUUUACAUUUUUAUCUUAAAUCAUAUAAUUCUCAUGUAUUGCUCAUUUUAGGUGAUGAAUUUAAAGAAGCUACUCUUAGAUAUUUAGAUGAUGUGAUCUGUAAAAAAAAAAAAAGAGCUAUUAAUAGUGAUCAAGAAAGUUAUUUUCUUAAUAAAUAUUAUUUCUUUGACAGUUUUUUAGCAUUAGUUAUUUCGAAAGUAUAUAAUUCAAAAAUAAGCAUUUUAAAUGAAAAUGGAAUGUUAAUAUCUAUUCGCAUAAAUACCUUACCUGAUAAACUAAUUCAAUUAGUAUCUACAAAAUAUUAUUCAAAAACUUUGAUUCCUCAUAGAUUAUUUGAUGGUAUUACUUAUUUUUUAGUUGAUUAUCAUUUCUCUAUUUUAAAUACAAUAUCCAAUUAUAAAAUAUUACCAUUAUACAUCAAUUCCAACUUAACGCAAUUCAAUAAAAAUAAGUUUACACUUAUAAAUGAAACUAUGAAAAUUAUAUCGGUUGAUUCACAAGAGAAUGAGCAAAUUACGAGGUGCAUAAAAGUGGAACAUUUUGAAAUAUCUCAGCAAAAUGAUAAUAUGCAAACAACAUCUUAUAGCUCAUUAUUUGAAAUUGCAAAUAAAUAUAAUGAACGCAAUAACAUAAAAGAGAAUAAUAUUUAUGUUUUAUUACUUAAUAUUGUUAAAGGAAAUUUAGUAAAUUUAAGUUUAUUAUUUUCUCUAGAAAUACUUAACUAUCUUAAUGAACAUUGUGAAGAACUUGAUUCAGAAGAAAUAGAAGAAAUAGAAGAAAUAGAAGAAAUAGAAGAAAUAAAUAAGAAAGAAGGAACAAAUGAAGUAGAAGAAACAGAUAAAGAUAAUGAAUUAGAUCUUCAUCUUCUUUUUCCUGAUGAGUCAGAAGAAGAUAUUUUUGAUAGAACAAUGGGGAAUGACACUUCUAAUGAUUUAACUAAAAAUAUAAAAUUAAAAAAAUCACAUUCUGAAAUUUCAAAUGAGAUAAUAGAUACCAAUAAUGAUGAAGAAAAAUUAAAAUCAUAUGGAGAACAGUCUACAUCUGGAAAUAAAAACUCGCAAUCUCUUUUUUCUAAGUUUAAAACAUAUACAUCUUCUGUUUUUUCUCCAUUCAAAUAUGUUUAUUCUCGGUAUGAUAAAUCAUCCCAACCUGUCUCUUUAUUUCAAUCUACCACCUCUUCUCAACCUAGCACUUCAUCCAAUCCUAGUACCUCAUCCAAUCCUAGCACUUCAUCCCAUCCUAGUACUUCGUCUCAUCCUAGCACUUCAUCUCAUCCUAGCACUUCAUCUCAACGCAAAAUUGGUACAUCACAUAUAGAUACUAGUUCUUCAGAUAAUCAUCCAGGGAGUUUAAAGGGUAAUAAUGAUAAAAUAGCAUAUGAUUCAAAUGGUUUUUUUGAUGAUACAAUCAAUUCAAAUGAAAAAAAUAAAGAAUAUAUAGAAGACAUAAAUAAUGUAAAUUAUUUUAAACAUAUUUGUAAAAAAAAAAAAAUUAUGGAAAUAGAAAAAUUAAAAAGUAUUAGAGAAUUAAAAAAAGACCUACUAAGAACUAAAUACUCUAUUUUUAAUAAAAAAUCUUUAUUUCUGAAUGAUGAAAAUUUAAAAAAUAUUUUUGAAUCCACUUUUUUUGACUCAAAUCAAAUGAAAAACUCAAUAAUUAAUAUAAUUUCUUCUUUUGAAAUAGAUAAUUUAAAUGAAUUAUUAAACGUUCAACUAAGUGCGUUAAAUUCCCACUUCUUUAAGUCUAAAAAUAUAUUUGCCAACAAAAAAAAAACAUUAUCAUUUUUUAAGUUAAAAACUAAUCAAAAAGUAUUAAAUAAAAUUGAAACAAAGUUAUAUUCCGUAUUUACAAUUGUAUGGAUACACUAUACGAACUAUUUAAGAAAAGUAUUGGAUAUAUUUUCUACAAAUGAAUUACAAAUCCUAACAAAUAUGUAUUAUUCAUUAUUCGAAAAAAAUAAAGAUGAUUAUAAUUUAAGCCUUUUAAACUAUUUUGGAUUCACAGAUGCAUUGAUGAUGUACAUAAUUUUAAUUUAUUCAAAGCGUAAUGUAUAUUUUAUAAAUGAUACUAAAUCCAUAUAUAUUCAAAAUAAGUCAUUAUCAAAAACGAACGAAUUACACAUUUUUCAAUUAUAUGAUGGGAAUUUUUAUGAAGUUAAAAAUAAGUGUGCAUCUAAUAUUUUGAAUAAUAAUUUAGUCAAUAAAAAUAUAAUAAAUGCAGGGUUUGGCUUAAAUUUUUAUUUUGUUAAAAAAAUUGAUAAGUCUAUUUCUGAUAAUAAAAAUGAGACACAAUCAGUAGAAAAAAAAAUGUUUUUAGUUAAAAGGGGAUUGGAUACAUUGUUAAAAUCUGUAGAACGUGAAAAUUUGUCUUAUAAUACAAAUCAAAAAAUGGUUACAGAGAAAUAUUCAUUUCUGACUAUUUACAGAAAUGAAAAUGCUAAUAAUAUUAAUCACAUUCCUUCAUUAAUUACAGCUAUUGUAUGUGGGCGUUUAAGAGAAAUAGAUAUGAUAAAAAAAUGUAUCAACAAUGAUAAAAUUUUUUCUUCUUUUAGUAAUAAACUUAAUUUUAUUAUACACAAAUUCUAUGAUUAUAGCACAGCCUUCAAUGAUAUUUCUUUUUUGUCAAGCAAACAAUCUUAUCAAAAUGUUUUUAGUAAUUUUUAUAAUAACGAAAAAAUACUUUUGGGUACUUUGUUAUUACAUCUUGAAAAUAUGAGAAAAAAUAAAACAAAUUUGUCGAAGGAAAAAACAAUUAGAUAUCAUUUUUCAUUUAUUUAUAAUCUACUAAAAAAGCAUAUCUUAAAAAAAAGUGUAAACGAUAAUACAAUUAAAAAUCAUUUGUAUGUUCUAAAAGAAAUGAUUUUUAAAUAUGAAUUAUAUAACGAAAAAAUAUUUACAACUCUUACAAUAUUAAGUGAUCGAGAGAGAGACAAUGAACAAUAUAUGGAGGUGCUAGAUAUUAUUUCGUUAGUUUUAUAUAAUAUGAAUAUCCAAGAACUUCAGGAAAAUUAUAUACAAGGUUUUCCUCCACUUAGUAGUGAAAUAUUAGUUCUUGAUUUAAUGGAUGUAAUAAAUAUAAUGAUAUUUUUUAAUAAUGUUCUAAAUAAAAUUAAAGUGACAGAAGAUUUUAAUAUAUUAAUUGAUAAAGAGAAUAUUAUAAAUCUUCACCUAAAUAAUAUUAUUCAAGUCGUUGAGAUGCUUUUUAAUGGUUAUGAAAGUUAUUACUAUGAUAUUAUAGGUGAUAAUAUAAGAGAUAUAAUCAAAGAUACAUUAUUAAAUAAAAUAGAACUUUUAUUUAUUCAUUAUAAAGGAUUUAUGGAUGAUGAUAUUAAAACAUUAUCAUCUCAACUUACUAAAAACUUUAAAAAAAUGAAAUCUUUUUUAAUGUUUAAAAGCCCCAGUAAAUAUUUUUUUCCAAUCGAACUAUCGUAUUGUAAAGUAAAAAAUUUUGAAGAUAUUUUUUUUUUAGAUUUAAUUGAAUAUUCUUACACAAAAGAUACUAGUUCUCAUUUAAAUCCUCUAAAUCAAAAAUAUGAUGUAAUAGAUGAAGAAAUGCUGCAAUUAAUCCAAGACGGAAAAAACAUAAUUUUAUAUUAUCAUGUAUUUGAUAUACCUAAACCAUUUAAUGAAAAACUAUUCGAACAUAUUUUCAAUUUUGUACGAAGUAGGACUCCUAAUAGUUUUUUUGUUAAAAAAAAUAAACUAUGGGGACGCAACGUUACAAAUAAAAUGUAUGAUAAAAUGUGUGAAGUAAUUUUACAAAGAAUAGUCAGAUACUAUUUUGAGAAUGAUCUCAUAAGUGAUUUAGUCGGAUAUAUGUUGAAAUAUGAUGAAGUUAAUAUACAAGUUACAAAAUUUUUAAAUGAAGACAAUAAUAAAAAUCUAUAUAAAUGUAUAAAAGAACAAUGGUUUUACAAAUUUAAUUUAAAUAAUAUGAAAUCAUUCAUAUCAAAUGCGAAAAUGAGUUUUAAUUUAAAUGCUAAUGACUUAAAAGAAUGUAUAAAAAAUCAUAAACCCAAUUCUCAUUUAAACGUAUUAACAGAUAUUAUGUUAAAUACAUUAGCUUAUGAAUUAAAUCAAAUUUUUAAGAUAAAAUAUCAAUACAAUUCUAUUUUUUCUAUAAUGGACAUAAAAAGAAAAGAUAUAACUAAUAAAUUAUAUUCCAAAAUAAAUAAUAAAUUGAAUAUUAAGGAAAAAAUUGCUCUUUUUUAUUACUCAAGAAAUGCAUUAUUACAUCUAAUUGAAAUAUUAAGUGAUCAUUUUAAAGUAACAAUACUAUAUUUUUCAGAAAAUAAAAAAGGUGGAUAUGAUUUGCAUAGUUAUAAACAUAAUAAUAACAAAAAUAAAGGUAGAAUUAUCAUAUUAAAAGACAGUCAUAGUUUUAAAAUAUAUAAUCCAAAUAACAGACUCUUUAAAUUAGAUAUGAAUGAUUUAAGAGAAACUUCUGUUAUUCACUUAUAUUAUGAUGAAUUAUAUAAUAAAAAAAUGUACUUGGAAUCAAUUAUAAAUGAAUACAAAUAUUACAAUAAUUCUUCAGAAGAUGAAAUACAUAAUAUUAUAAAAGCUUAUUUACAUGAAAAAAAUUAUGAGAAUUUACAAGGAAUGAUAGGGAUUAUAUUAGAACGAAAUGAUAUAGGCAAUUUCAAAAAAUCAAAAUUGAAAAAUAUAAUUGAUUUAGAAAUUGUACAAAAUAGAAAUGAAAAAGUUAAAAGUAACUACUUAAAUUUAUUAUAUUUAGAAGUAUUUUCUAUUUUUGGUUAUGGUUAUUAUAGUAAUAUGGAUAAUUUAUUAAGGGAUUUGUUUAUAGCUGAUAAAUAUCUAUUAGAAUUAUAUAUGAAAUCGCUCUCAAAAUUGAAAAAAAAGUUUGAUUUUAUGAAUAAACUUAAAUAUAUACAACUAAUUAUUUCUUCAAUAAAAUAUAUGAUAAGGGAAAUAGAAAUUAUAAUAGAGAAAAAAUAUAUAGAAAAAGGAAAGAAAAAAAAAAGUAUAAUAUGUUCAUUAUUUAAAAAAAAAAAAAAUAAAAAGAGAAUGUUUGACUUUAUAAAAAUGUUUCCAUAUUUUUCUAAUAAAAGAAAAUUAAAUUAUAAUAGACCAUAUGGUCAUGAAAUAGAAAUACUUAAAAUUGAUGAAAAUGUGAAAGAAAAAAUUUUAGAAGAAGUUGAAAAUUAUAAAUUUUCAAUAUCAUCUAAUGAAAAACAACAAUUCUAUUUUAUAUCUUUAGUUGGGUUAGGUUAUUCUUACAUUCGAAAAUUUAGUGAAUUGAAAUUAGGCUUACAGACAUCUAUAUCAUUAAAUAAUAUAAUUAUUUUACGUAAGUUAUACUAUUUAUUUUAUGUAAAUGAAUUAAUGGAUUUAACAAAAUUUAUAAUUAGCAUUAUAAUAAAAAUAUACAAUAAAUUUUUCUAUAAAAAAAAGGAUUUCAUUAAAGAUGGAGAAAUUACGUUAAGUAGAGAAAAAAAGAAUGAAUUUUCUCGUAUCAUUUUAUUGAGAGGAUAUAUAAAUAUUGAUAAUUUAGAUUAUAAAGAAAAAAAAGAAAAUUCUGAAAAUUUGUUAAAUAAGAAAGAAGACGAUAAUUUUCAUACAUUUGAAUAUUAUUUAGAUUAUAUAAUUAGUAAUGUACAUAAUUUUUUUUAUUUUAUUUUAAACUGCAAAAAAAAUAAAGAAUGCUUUUUUAAAAAAGCUGAAUAUGCUACACAAUUAAUAACAAAUUAUCUUAGAGAUCAACCAUUUAAUGAACAUAUGAUAUGGCUAUUACCAAUAUUAUCUGGCUAUUUUAGAAGUUCAUUGAAUGUAUUAAGCGUGAAUGGAGAUGACAUAUUUUUAUAUAAAUAUCAGGAUGAUAAUGCAGUGAAAUUUAAUAUACAAAUUUUAGCUGAAGAAGGAAAUAUGUAUUUAAUUUUACCUACUUACUUUUUGUACAUAAAUAUAUUAAAUAUUAUAGGAGACACUGUGAUAAGAAAUGAAAGAGAAGUUUUCAAAGUUGAUAAUCCAUUUUCGCCAUCUAUUUAUAAAAUAUCGAAUUGUUCUCUAAGUUUAGAUGAAUCUAUAAAAAAUUCAGACAAAUCUAACUAUUAUUACAAAAAGUACUUUGAAAUAAUUAGGGAAAAAAUUAAUUUAUUUUUAUCAAAUAAAAUUUCGUUAUAUACUUUGUUAAUAUCAUUAAGAGAAGAUAUAUUAAAUUUUAAGCAUUUGAUGUAUUUCGAAAAUUAUACGAAGUUUGUAAAAUUAAUGGAUUAUUUUUUUUUAGUACUUAAAUCAAAAAUACAAUUGAAUAUUGAAUUUUCUUUAGAAUCAAUUUUUAACUCUCCAAAUACGUUAGUUAAGGAUUCUAUAAAUAAUAUUUAUGAUUAUAUUGAAAAAAAUGAAUAUAACCUUUUUGGUAUAGAUGCUAAAGAAUCAUACUUAAAUAUAUUAAAAGGUUAUGAAGAAAAUAAGUAUUACCCCAGCAAUUUUAUGAGAUUGAUGGAUUUUUUGAUGAAUGGAAUAAAAUAUGAAAUUAUUGCACAAAGUAAACUAUUAAAAAAGUCAAAAAAAGUAAAUGAAAUAAAGAAAAUAAAUCUAUAUAUAAAUAAAUUAAAAAAUUUGGAAUCUUUUGUAAUAUGUGAAUAUGUAAAAAUUACAAAUAAUAUGAUGAAAUAUGUUAAAAUAAAUUUAGAUAACAUAAUUAAUUAUGUGAUAUUUAAAAGAGAAAAUCAAAAUAGCGUUUUCAAUAUUAUUAACAAGGCACAAAUAUUAUAUGAUUGUUGUUUAAAAUAUGAUUUUAAUGAACUAGGUGCAACAAAAAUGACAAAAAGGUAUUUUAAAGAGUUAGAAAAAAAAAAUAUAAAAAUUUCUAAUUACUGGAAAGUUUUAAAAAAAUUGUCAAAUGAAGAGUUAAAUUAUGAGGACUGGUAUUCUAUAGCAUCCAAAAUACAAGUAGAUUUUUUUAAAAAAAAUGAACUAAUUUAUUUUAAUUUUAUGAGAGAAGAUAAUUUUUGGAAAUUGGGUUCCAGAAAGUAUACUAAAUCUAUAAUGGGUCGUUUGAAGAAAAAUAAAUUAUAUAUAGAAAAAAAAUAUUUAAAAAAAUUAAGGUCUAAAUAUUUAACUUAUGAUGAGUGGAAAAACAUACUAUACCAAGCAGAAAUACGAAGCAAAAUAAGAAAUGAUAUAGAUGUGAUUCCAAUAAAUAAAGAGCAUUAUUACAUAUCCGUUAUAUGGAAGUUUUUCAACACAGAAGUAACUAUAAAUGGAAGUGAUAUGAAAUUUGAAGAUGUUUAUACAAAAUUAAGGAAUUCUCAUAAAAAAGAACUAACAUAUUUAUCAUCAUUAAAUAAAGAAGAUAUAUAUAAUUUAUUUAAUUCAAUAAUAAUAUUUCAUAGAAUAGUAGAAUCAAUUGAUAAGGAUAAAUUCAAUAUAUAUAAAAGCUAUAGAAUUACCAAUAUGUUAUUUGAUGAAUUGGCGAAUCGGGGAAUUUAUAUAUCAGGAGAUUCACCAGUAACAAAGGAAUAUAUUCAGUCUAUAUUUAAUUACGAAUUAUGGAGAAAAGAAAUUAAAAAUGUAAAAGUUAGUAAUAUACUUAUUAGAUCAUUAGUGCCUACGAAAUAUGCAACUUAUUUUUCUUCAGCAUCAGUUUUUAAAUUGCUUCAAUUUUUUGUAAAAACUAAGUUGAAUAUAGGUCUAAUAAAUUUACUAUCUCAUAUACUUUACAGUAUUUUAAAAUUAGGUAAAACUAAAGGUGAAAUUUUUAAAAUCAUUGCAUCAGAAGGAAUUUUACGUGGUAGUUUAGAUGUAUUUAGACUCAUUUUAUUAAAACUUAAUGUAUCAUUAGAUGGAUUAACAAUGUGGUCUACUUUCGUUUUAACAACUAUGCAUAAAAUAAUGGAGGAAUGUCUCCUUCAAGAUUUAAUAGAGAGCAUAGACUUUAGAAGAAUUUUUUCGAACUUAAUUUUUUUAUUACAUAACUCUAUUGAAGAAUGUUAUUUCAAAGCAAUAUUGGAUUCUUUAUUAUUUAAACCAGAUGUUAAGGAAUAUAUAAAUAAUAAUGAAAAAAGAAUUAAAAAAAUUCUUUUGCAUUUUAGAAAUUUUUUUCUUUUAAAUUUUGGAAGUUACGUGAAUCUAUUUCAACAUUUAUAUGAUGGUAUUGAAAAAAAAUUUAUAACAUAUAUGAAGUAUUACAUUACAAUAUUCAUAAAUAACAUUUUACCAUUUUCAACUGAAAUAACUGAGAAAUUUAAGCAAAUUGAAGUGCAGAGAAUUGAUCUUCUUGAAUUCGUUUCUAUUGUUGAUGAAAAAAGUUCCUCUUACAUAUAUGAAAAUAUUAUAGCUCUAAUACAACAUGAAGAUUUUAUGACUAAAUUUAGAUUAUAUACUGAAAAAGUUCAUUCCCAAUUAUUUUUUAAUAAGAAAAAAGUAAGAUUAACUAAAAUGGAAUUAAUAGACAAAAUGUAUAAUAGAUGGAUACAAAGUAUAUCAAAAGAUGAAGCAAAAAAAUUCAAUUUAUGUUAUCAAAAGUUAAAGAAAAAAUUUUCUAAUUCAAAAUUAUCAUUUUUAGAAAAACCAUAUCUAAAAUCUUAUAAUAAGGAAUUCUAUAAUUUUAAAUACGAAAUUAAAAAAGAUGAUAAUACCGAUAAUUUUCGAAAUAUAGAAUAUGGAGGAUAUAUGAGUACUAAUUAUCCUGGUGAAAUGAAGAACAAAUUUCAAAAUUCACGAAAUAUGUUGAAUCAGACAGAAUCAAAUAAAUUUAAGAGCAAUUUCAAUCCUAAUAACUUAAAUGAAUAUCAUCGAAUAUUUCAUAGGGAUAAAUCUAAAGAUAAUAUUAAGUUAAAAAAAGAAGAAAUAUACAAGCAGAUGAAUCAUAUACAUAAUUUAGAAAACCAUAAUUUUCACUUAAAUAAUGGUGAUAAAAAUGAAGAAUACUAUAGCAUAAGAAGAAAAAAUGCAAAAAAAAAUAAUAUAUCUUUUUUACAAAAUAACAAAAUGAACAAAUACAAAAGUUUUUAUCUUAUAGAAUCAUAUAACUACCGAACCUUAAGUUGUUUAGAAAAAUUGUUCAUAUAUGGUUAUGAUAAUAAAAAUAACCUUUCUGAAAAUAAAAUAAAAUUUUGUAGUUAUUAUUAUAGCCAACAUUGGAGUAAAAGGGUAUAUAAAGUUACUUUAAAAAAAUUAAGUAGCCGAGAAAAAUUUAUUUAUGGUUACAGCCAUAAUUUAUUUUUAACUUUUAAAGCAAAAAAUAUAAAAUGUGAAUUGCAUUUUAAAAUUAAUAUUACUAUGGAAACUUAUAGUAAUUCAAAAAUUCAAAAAUUUAAAAAUAUCAUAGCGGAUUUUAAUAUAUUUAGAGAAAAUAAUGAAUUAUGUCUUUUAAUUAUUAACAGUAAAAGAAAUAAAGAUAAAAUUGGAAAUAUACAUAUAUGCUAUCAAGCAGAACUUGUUCCAUUUUACAAAAGUAAUAAUAUUAAUGAUCACUUAAAAAAAAUAUUUAGCGAAAUUAAUAGUUUUGAUAAUAAAAUGGAAACGAAUACAUCUGUGAACAAAAAAAUAGGAGAUAAACGUAAUUCUAAUAACAAAUACCCUUUUAAUAUACUUGAUAAAAAUAAGUCUAAAAUACGCAUAAAUUUAAAAAAAAAUAAGAAACAUAUAAAUCAAAAAAAAACAAGUAACUUGCAUAUUACUAAUGAGGAAGCAGAUAAUGAAAAGAAAGAAGCUAAUAAAAUUAAAGAAGAUUAUAAUAAUGCUGUUAAUAUAACCCCAAGUGAUAUAAAGAAACACAAAGGACGUAAGGAUAAAAAAAAUUCAUUAAAAACUAAAUUAAUAGAAGUUAAAGAUCGCAUAAAAAUGUUGACGAAGAAAAUAAAAAAUAUUUCAAAAAAAAAAAGAAAAGAAGGUACUCAAAAUAAUAAAUUAGAAAAAAUUAAGGAUACCUUGAAAUAUUUAACACAAAAAAAUAUUAUAAAUCAAUUACUAGAAUAUGAAUAUUAUCAUUCCACUAAAUGGAGUUCAAGUAUUUUUAGUGUUACUAUUGAAAAUAUGAAUGGAACAAAUGAAAACAUGAAAUUAAUAUUAGAGCUCGGCAAUUAUAACUUGAAAACAUAUUUUGAAGUUGAUAUAACGGAUAACAAUAACAUUGAAUCAUUACAAAAAUUAGAUAAUUUUAUUAAAAAAAGCAACGUGAAAGAUUAUAUAACACAAAAAUUAAAAAAAUAUAGAAAAAUAUAUUUUAUUUUAAAACUUAUAUUUAAAUUUAGAGAUGAAAUUAAAAAUGUUUCGUAUAUAAAAUCAAAAAAAAAUUAUCUAAAAAUUGGUGAUGGCGAAGAAGUAAAAGGAAGAGAUGCAGAAGACGAAGAACAUGAAGAAGAUGAAAAUGAAGAAGAGGAUACAGUAGGACAUGUAAGAAACGAGAAUGAAACAUUACAAACGUUACAAAAUUUUUAUAAAAAUAGAAAUAGAAAAGAAAAAUCUGAUGUAGAAGAACAUUUAAAGUUCACAUGGUAUAAGUAUGAUUAUAAAAUGCAAAGUGAAGCUAUUUUAUCAGUUAGAUCAAUUAAUCCAUUAAAAUUAAAAGAUGAUAAGAGUGAAGUUCUAUGUGAAACUAAUUCAGAUAUUAAAAAUGUAUUAAAUUUUUUUAGUAUUCAAAAUGAUAAUAUAAAUAUAAUAAAAAAUGUAAAAAGAGAUUUUAAUAGUUCGGAUAAUAAAAAUAGUGAUACAAGUUCAAUUGAAUCAGACCUUAGUUCAAAUGAUGAUGAAACAUUAGAUGCAGACAACAGAACUACAGCAAAUAGUCCUAAAGUAAGUUUUUUUUCUGAUUAUGCAAAUUAUUUCAAUAAGAUUUACCCUUUAAGUGAAGAAGAGAAUUAUAUGAUGAAAACAAGAAUGAAUAAAACAUCUGCUUUACUUAAUUAUAGACUUGUUUUAUUAGCAUUUGUAAUAAUUAAAACUAAUAGCCUAAGUAACAUAAAAAAAUUAAGUGCUCUUACAAAAGAUUUUUUAAAAGAAAAAUACAAAAAUUAUAAAAACUUUGAAUUUCAUCAAAAUAAAUUAUUUAAUAAUAAAAAUAUAUAUAUUGAAAAUAAACACUACUUAAUAAAAAAAAGAUUAGAAUGUUUAAUUGGUUUAGAUUUUUAUAAAACUUUAAAAGUUUCUCUAGAAAAAAAGAACGUAUUAAAUGAUUUUUUGGAAGAUUUAAGUGUUCAAAUUUCUCAUAUAAAUAAUUUUUUUUAUAAGUAUUAUUACACUGAUAAUUCAAAUAUUCAUUCUUCUAGUUUUUACUUAAAUAAAUUAAAAAAUAUUAGAAAUUUAUGUCCAAUUAUUUAUAAAUUAAAAAAUAAAGAGAAAAUAAAUAUAGAAGAUACUUCUAAAAUAGAUAGUUCUAUAAAAUUAUCUUCAAGCAAAAACGAAAUAAAAGAACUAGAAGAGUGUGAAAAGAGAGUAGGUUUUUAUGGAACACAUGUAACGUUUUUUAACAAAACAUUGGAUAAUUUUAUUGGUAAAAAAAAAAUUAAAAAUAUAGCCAUGUUUUCUUAUGAAUGUGAUAAAUCCAUUUAUGAAGGGAAGAACUUGAGCGAAUUAGAUGAUAAUCAUAAUAAUUUUUGUAUUAAUAUUUUGGAAAAUAAUCUCCAAGAAAAUGGUGCGCCCAUUAAGCCAAAUACUAAUUGGAUAGAUAUGCUAUAUAAUGCUUUUUCAUCAAAAAAGAAUUAUAAAUAUAAAGGGACUAGUUAUAGUGAAAUAAAAUGUUUUGCUUUUGCAGAUAGAGAUGAAUUAGAGGAAUAUCAGAAGAAGAAAGAUACCAAAUGUAGAGUAACUAUUUUGAAUAAAACCAUUAAUGUUUUACAACAAUUUAUUGAUAAAUAUUACAAGAUAAAAAAUGAAGGAAUCAAUAAUGGAAAUGCAUAUGAUGUUUAUGCUUUGUAUAAAAACAUUUACACAGUAAUGCUAUACAAGUUAAUGUUUGAAACGAAAUCUUUUAAACCUUUACGUAUACAGCAGAGAUUAAACUCAGUGGGAAUUAAGUAUACGAAGUUAUUAUAUAAUAGUGAAAAUUCAACAAUUUUUUUUAAACAUAUGUUAGAAAAAACUAGUUCACUUUAUUUAGAAAUAGACUUUCUUUAUAAUGAGCAUGUUUUCUUAAGAAAUAUUUAUUUCCCUCGCGAAUCUGUUGAUAUUAUGGUCUUUAAUCAUAAACCUUUUGAUAAAGGUGCUUUUGGAUAUAAAUUAACAGCAGAUCCAAAGCAUACUAUUAAUGAAGGAGAGGAAAAUACAAAAAUUUAUUCUUUUUUUGUUCUUAAUUUGUUAGGAUUCUAUCCUGAUAUUCAAAGAGUACUUCUAAGAGCUUCAGAGGAUUCAGAACUUAUUUAUAAAUUAUUAAAUAUAAAGUUAAAUGAAAUAAAAAAAGAAAAAAAAAAUGAAAAUAAUAAUGAUGAAAAUGGGGAAUAUGAAGAAAUGCCAAAAAGUAUUGAACAACAAAUGGAAGAUGAUGAAAAAAUGGAAAACGAAAAAAAACGAUUUAAAGAAGUAGUUAAAAGACCAUUUAAUAAAAUAUAUAAUUAUUUAAUUUCUAAAAAAAACAAAGCACAGGACAAUAUAUUAAUGUAUACACAUAUAGGAACUAAACAACGUGAUGAAGAAGACAAAAAAUAUGAAGUAACAGAUUUUAAGUGGAUGGGAAGCAAGCAAAUAAAUAGCAUUAAACGACUAAUUGUUGAUCAUACAUUAGUUGACUAUUUUAUAAAAGGAAUAAAACUAAUGAAUUUAAAGAACUAUUUAGAAAAUGAUGACUACUUGGAAGCUUAUAAAUAUGCACUUGAUGUAGAGUUGAAGAAAGAAAAUUUUUAUCUUCACUUUAUUAAAACAACUCCUACUUUUAAUUUUGACAAUUAUAGAGUUGAUCAUUUGUUAUUAUUUGCUUUUUACUAUGGUUUUGCUGACUUAAUGAGAACUAGAAGGGAAUAUAUAAAUUUAGAAUCAAGUUUAAAUAGAAUAAUAGAAAAUAACAAGUCUGUUUUUGUUUAUAAAACAAAUUCCUACAUAAAUUUUAAUUUAGAGGAGGAAAAAAGACUAUUAUUAAAUGAACAACAUGAAAAGCUGGCAAAGUUUGUUUAUAACUGUGCCAUACAACAUAGAUUUCUUCAAAGAAAUGACAUAUCAUUUAAGUUUAAAAAUGAACAAAUUCAAGAAUUAACAAAUUUAUUAAAUAAUAAAAAAAAUAUUUAUACCCAAAAUGAUAUAAGAGAAAUUAUAUCAUUUGUCGAGGUAUUUGUUGAAAAUUUCGUUUAUACAUUAAAUAAUUAUCCUUCGAGUAUGAGUUCAAGUAAGUAUUCAUCAUUUUAUGAAAACUUCAUUAAGAAUGUAAAAGAAUUUUUUUUCUCAUUUAAUAAAGAAAAUAAUUUAAUAUAUUUAAUAAAGAAAAGGGAUAUCAAUUUUAAUACGUCAACAAUCAAGCUCUUAAACGAAAAAUCAACCUUGUUAAAUUUAAUAAAAUAUUUUUUUAAAUUCAUCUUUUUAGCUGCUACAAGAUCGUAUAAUGUUGAUUCUUUUGUAGAAAAAGUUUUAUAUUUUAAUCAAGAAUAUAAUGAAAAUAUUAAUUCAUCUGCUCAAACAAUAAAUAGUGAUGAUACACAAACCAACUAUGAUUUAGAACGUAGCAAUAAUACAGAAAAUACCAAUGCAACAUAUAGCUUUUUAGAAAAUUUUUUAUAUAUUCCUAAUAAAAAUAAUAUAUCAUCUAAUAAUGGUAGAAACAAAAAUAAAUUAUUAAAACUAAUUAAGUUUAAGAUUUUAAAUAAUAGAAAUAAUUGUAAUGAACCAUAUUCAACUAAUGAUACUAAAACAAAGGAUAAAAAAAAUAAAAAAAAAGGAAAACAUUUUUCAUUAUUAAGUAAAAAAUUAAAAAACAUUAUCAAAAAGAUAAAAGUCAAAUUUGGUGGAAAACAAAUGCCAUUGGAUGUUGAACCAAGUGAUGUAAGGAAUAAUGCAAUUCAUCAAAAUUUUUUACUAAAAUAUGGAAAUAAUAAUGAAAAUAUUACAAAGAAGCAAAAUAAUAUAAAAAAAGAUAAAAAUAAUGGAAAGUUAAAUUUAGAAGAAGAAUUCUAUGGAGAUAAACAUACAUUUGAAGGUGUAAUAAGACACUUACUUCUAGAUAGGGCACGUGAAAAAGGUCUUUUAGAUGAUGAUUUAUUAAAGGAAGAAAAUGUGACAAAUAGGAAGAGUCACAUAAACAUAAAUAAUAGCACAAAAGAAAAAGUUCUAGGCAUUCAAAAGAUAGAUUUUAGUAAUUCUUUAGCACUUAAGAAGUUAAAUAAUGAAUACAAUUUUAUUGAACUAAGUAUAAAAAGUCCUUUGGGUAUUAGUAGAGUUAAACAUGCUUUAGGUAACGCAAUUGAUAAUGUUUAUGGUAGUGUAAAAAGUAGUUUGCUUUCAUUAUCAUUUCUUUAUGGUCUUGAUUUUUUUUUAAAAAAUGGUCUUUAUUUUUAUAGAAGUAGAUAUGCUGCAAAAAAAAUUACAUAUUAUGCAAAAAUGUAUUUAAUACAAUACUUAGAUGCUCUAUUACUAAUUGUUAGAGAUUAUAAAUUGGGAUUAUCUUUAACAAAUACCAGCUCUAUAAAACAUGGCUUAUUUGAUAUAUGUCUAUUUAAUUUACAAAAUAUUUCUGUGUCUUUAAAAAAUAUAUUAAAUAUUAUUGAUGUAGAACAAAUUGAAAAUAUAUUAUCUAAUUUAAUUGCUGUUAUCCACAUGAAUUAUACAGGAAAUGCUCGCUUUAUUGAAGAUCUUAUUAAAAAUAUUAAUUACGUAUUAUCAAAAAAUGCUACUCUAAAAAAAAUAUUUGGAAAUUUCGUGUCUUAUCUUACAAUUUCCUCUAUACAAACAUUUGAAUUAUAUUUUCAUUCAAGGUAUAAAAAGAAAUUGCUAACAUUUAUUAUUUCUAUCCUAAAUAAUUUAUCAGGAACAAUUUCAAGUAUAUUUAGUGAACCAUUUUUUCAAUCCUAUAUUUGUACUCAUUUAAUAAAAUUAGGAGAGUCCUUUAUAAGUGAAUUUAACACAGAAAGUCCUGUAUAUGGAUUUUUUAUGGAUGUUGUAGAAAUUAACUUUUUUGAUAUUUUCAUUUCAUAUAUAUUUUAUUAUCUUCCACAGGUUGUUAAAGAUUUUACUGAAAAUUAA